CGGAAGCGUUCCAGAAACCUCGACGGAGUGGGCGUGGUGAUUCCGCGGUUUCAAGCUCCUGAACUUUGGCAUGAUUUCCAUGGUCCCUGCUUUUCCAGGCAACAUUCAAGUGACCAUCUGCACACUCAGCUCUAGUGAGAUAAACUGGGGACUGCAGGCAUUUUCAGGAAAGAUCCAUAACUGCCAUAGAGUAAGAAGUUUGCUUCACCCCACCUUCCCUGCGAUGAUGUACAGCCUCACUACAGACCCAAUAGUAAUGGGCCAACUAUCCAUGGAGUGAAACUUCUGAAACUGUUCGACGACAGUUCCUUGGGAAGCUUCAGAGGCCUCAUCUUGGGCAGAAGGUGGUGCUGUGUCCCAGCCAUUUUCCAAUUUCACCGGCUCUGUGAAUGACCGUGGGAUCUGCCAGUGCUCUGUCUCCAUGCCAGACACCACCUUCCCUGUGGUCAGAGUGGAACGCUUGGAAUUCACAGCUCAUGUCCUUUCCCAGAAGUUUGAGAUGGAGCUCUCGAAAGUGAAAGAAUAUGUCCAGUUAAUCAGUGUGUAUGAGAAGAAGCUUUUAAACUUAACUGUCCGAGUAGAAAUUAUGGAGAAGGAUAGCAUUUCCUACACUGAACUGGACUUUGAGCUGAUCAAGCUAGAAGUGAGGGAGAUGGAAAAACUGAUCAUACAGCUGAAGCAGAGUUUUGUUGGAAGCACAGAAAUUGUUAACCAGCUGGAAGUGGAGAUAAGGAAUAUGACUCUCCUGGUAGCGAAGCUGGAGACGUUAGACAAAAACAAUGUCCUUGUCAUUCGCCGAGAAAUUUUGGCGCUGAAGCAAAAGCUGAAGGAAUGUGAGGCUUCUAAAAGUGAACACAGUCCUCUCCUGCCCCCUCCUCCUGCUCCAGGGAACUGUAGUCAUGGAGGUGUGGUGAACAUCAGCAGACCAUCUGUGGUUCAGCUCAACUGGAGAGGGUUUUCCUAUAAGUAUGGUGCCUGGGGUCGGGCUUAUUCUCCUGAACAUCCAAAUGAAACACUGUAUUGGGUAGCAGCUUUGGAAACAGAUGGGAGGAAACUUGAGUAUUACAGACUCUACAACACAUUUGAUCACUUACUGUUGUACACACAAAAUCGACAAUCUCGAAUUACCUAUGGCCAAGGUAGUGGUACAACAGUUUACAAGAACAACAUGUAUGUCAAUUGGUAUAACACUGGGAACAUUGCCAGAAUUAACUUGACCACCAAUGUAGUGGCUGUGACUCAAUAUCUUCCUAAUGCUGUCUAUAACAACCGCUUUUCUUAUGCUAAUGUUGCUUGGCAAGAUAUUGACUUUUCGGUGGAUGAACGUGGACUGUGGGUGAUUUAUGCAACUGAAGCCAACACUGGUAACAUAGUGAUAAGUCUGCUCAAUGACACCUCACUAGAGGUGCUAAACACUUGGGUUACCAAGCAGUACAAGUCAUCUGUUUCUAGCACCUUCAUGGUAUGUGGGGUUCUCUAUGCCACCCGUACUUUGAAUACCAGAGCAGAAGAGAUUUUUUACUACUAUGACACAAAUACAGGGAAAGAAGGUAAUAUGGCCAUUUUCAUGCCUAAGAUGCAGGAAACAGUGCAGAGCAUUAAUUAUCACCCCUUUGACCAAAAACUUUAUGUCUAUAAUGAUGGUUACCUUAUAAAUUAUGAUCUUGUCUUCAAACAGAAACCCAAAUAAAGUGUCUAGGUCUUAAUGUGAAAAAGAAAUAAAAUGUUUGUUGUAAAGAGUCUACUUCUCUUACUUUGAUAUCUGCAGGAGAAUCUAGAAGUAUUUUUCUUUAGUAGUGGUAUUUAGAUAUUUAGGUACAGCACUGAACACUUAGGAUAUUUGCUCUGUUUUGAUGAGUUUUCUUGGGAAUCUUCUGCUCCUUGGGAUGCAUUUCCCAAUGGAAAUGAGGUUCUUUAAGGGUGGGUUUGCUAGAAGGGAAUGAGCACAAUGGUUCUAAUGGAUCCUAUACCUAUGGAGGCAGGUGGAAAUUAAGAAACUUAAAUUAGGCCUUUUCUUCCUAUUUCACAUUGCCAAUUAUAUGUAGGGGACAUGGGAAGGGUAGG